AUGCGCUUUGAUGAGAUUGAUAUAAACAAGAUUGUUGAAGAAUCAUUGAAACGAGACAAAGAAAUGGAAGAUUUGAUAGAGUUUGAGGAUCGAGCAUCGGUGUCUGAAGACGAAUUGUACGAGUUAGACGGAUUGCGAACAGUCAAACCAUCUCAACAAGUUACCUUUCGAGUUUUUGAUUCAAGCAAGCGGAGAAAUUCAAACCGGAGAACAUGGAGUGAUUUGGUAGAGUUUGGCGAAUUGGCUCAGUCCAUUGGCACAGAGAUUGUGAGUAACCAAGACAUACAAGCUGAACGAUGUCUCAAAGACUCGGUAGUGAUAAGUUCCUACAAAUCAAUCAUUUCACCAACAAACGAAACGGCUGUU